AGUUGCUCGCGGACCUAAUUUUACGACCUCGGCCUUUGGCGACGCACGCCUCUCGAUAACUCAACUCGCUCAUCGGUAACCGACGAUUGAUCCACUAUUGCUCAACAAUGCCGCCGGUUAAAGUGGCCACUUAUAAAUGGAACCGCCCUCCUACUGCGGUCUACGAAGACAACUAUGGCUACGGUAUAAAUUUCUACCAGCCAAUGAUAGAUUACAUCUCCGACAAGGAGCACGGAGUCGCGCGUAAACCGCCGCACUUGCCGUGGAACAACGAGAGGGGGUUGGAGAAAUAUCGGUUCGACAAGCCGGUGCAGCCGUAUUCCCGCGAAGACGUCUCCAGGAUAUCUAAGGAAAUUUCGGAGCAAGCGAAGCGUGACCUCAAUAAAUUUGAUAUAUCGAAGCGGGCACCGUUCACAUGUGUGGCCACGGCUGCGGCAGCAAACGUUACAAAGCACGUUGGUGUGGAAAGUGUUAGUGUGAAAGCGAAGAAGACUAAAGUUAACAGGGAAAAAUUUAAGGCCGAGAGGCAGAAACAGAGAAUGGAGGAGAUCGAGAAAGAGUUGGAGCUUUAUGAUAAGCAGAAGAAUGUUGGUGCUGAAUUGAAAGGUAAAGCAUUGAUGUACAGAGGCAAAUCAGCCAAAGCCAUCGCACAGACUCUGUUAGACGAAAGCAGGCAGAAUGUGGCCAAUGCGUAUGUACGAAAAAUGGAUACUCAAGCGAGAAAAGCUCAGAUCGAUCGGAAUUUUGCUAGAGUCAAGAAAAGUAUAAUGUCAGAAAGUGAAAUGUCCAGUAUGGCUAGACAGCAUGUAGAAAGCAUAUGUGAAGAAACAGUGAGAUGCAUCCGACGCUCAGUGUCCCCCCCGCCAAAGACACAUCUCGUUGUGGUUCACCAAGAGAUACCUAUUAUAGACGACUCGUAUUUGAAACCGUUGAGUGAGCUUAAGGAAACCUUGAGGCAGUUCGAGCACUUAAAUACGAGCAUCAUGAUUGACACAAGGUGA